CAAGCUUUCUUCGCCUCAAUAAGCUACGCAGUGUCCUAUCCGAAUGUGUAUACAGGCGUGAUUUAUUAUCCUUCAAGUACGGCAACCAAUCCAGACCGGAAAUCGAGAUACUUGGUAACCUCGACUCGGGAAGCAAGGUUGCGGAAAUCUUCAACAUGCACCAAAGCAAAUCACUCCAGCUCCUAUUAUGGGGUUCUGCCCUCGUUCAGGGUCUCCCUGCGGGUCAGAGCUCCAGCGGUCAUGAUGGCUUAGAGGCCCGACAAGCCCCUCACGAUAUCGGAUUCGUUACUUUUAAAUCGAAGGCCCAUGUCCACAAGUUUGAAAAGCGAGAGGCUCCCGACGAUAUUGGAUUUGUCACGUUUACGUCGAAAGCCCACACCCAUCACUAUGACAAGCAAAAAGAGUCUAGCGCUUCUAGCCCGAAUCGUAGAUUUGUGACGUUCAAGAUGAGCUCUAAGAAAUCAGCUCUUGGCAACCGAGCCAACAACUACAACGUGGAUCCCGCCGAUAAGCCCACGAUCAAAAACGCUGUUGGAAUCAGCCAGGAUGGAGCGGACUACUCCUACUUCGUCGAGGCUAACUUUGGUUCCGAGGGGAAGAAGCUAUAUAUGCUUUUCGAUACGGGUUCCGGUACAACGUGGGUUAUGGGCUCGGGUUGCACCACCGACGCGUGUACCAGGCACAACCUCUACGGACCCAACGAUUCCAAGACGUACAAGGACACUGGGGAUGAUUACUCGGUCCAAUAUGGUUCCGGAGAAGUGGCCGGCCACGUUAUAACCGACAAAAUCAACAUUGGGGGGUUGGAGCUAACCAUGCCCUUCGGCGUUGCCAAUACCACCUCAGACCAAUUUUCCCAAUUCCCCUUCGAGGGUAUCCUGGGAAUGUCUUUGGUUGACGGCACGUGGCUGACCGAACUCAAGAAGGCCAACUUGAUUGACGCCAACGUGUUUGGUGUUGCGUUGAACAGGAAGGCAGACGGCGUGAACGACGGCGAGGUGGCUUUCGGUGCGCCGAACAAGGCCAAGUACACAGGCGACAUCGCGUAUACCGGCCUCAAGUCCGACAACAGCUGGGCUAUCCCGAUGGACGACGUGUCGUUCGGUGGCAAAGCCGCGGGUGUGAAAGGCAGACUCGCCUAUAUCGACACCGGUACCACCUUCGUCUUCGGCCCCCCCGACGAUGUCGCGAACCUAUACCAGCUGAUCCCCGGCUCCAAGACCAUCGACGACAGAGAGCACUGGACCGUCCCGUGCGACACCGACGGCGAAGUCGCGUUCUCGUUCUCCGGAAAGACUUACGCGGUCUCCUCCAAGGACUUCAUCACCGCGCCCGACUCCUCCGGGACUUGCUACGGCAGGGUCUUCGGAAUGGAAUUCGUGGAGGGUGCUUGGCUUCUCGGAGACAUGUUCAUGAAGAACGUGUACACCGUGUUCGAUAUGGAUCACCGACAAAUCGGAUUCGCCGCCAGGGCACAUUCCAGCAACGGUUCCAGCAGCAGCACGAGCCCCAGCGGAACAUCAACCGCAUCUCCAAGCGGGUCGGCUACGUCCGGAUCAGCUACCGCAACGGACACAUCGGAUGGCUCUAGCUCAGCAGUUCCCACGGGCGGUGCCGGGGUUGGUCUCACUCCCCAGGAAUCCCCCGCUGGCAGCGGCAGCGGCAGCAGCACUUCGCCGACAGAAUCCGCGCCGGGUAGCACUAACACCCCUGACUCUGCGGGCGUGAAGCUAAGCGCGAUGGGUAUCUACACGUCAUUGAUGUGUAUCCUGGUACUCGGCAUGGUUAUGUAGGAUAGGUUAGGUACCUAGAGAAAGGAAAAGGUGUUUUGGGUUUUUAAUUGGCUUGCAUUUUGCAUUGAAUAUACAUUAGGCUAGGUACAUACAUGGAUAUAAUACAAUACCACUGACUAGGUACUUUACAAAGGCCGACGUCGAUCUCUUCAUCAUUAUUAUCAUCAUUACCAUCAUUACCAU